GUAAGAACCCCAUCUGGGUAUACAACACCUCAAUGGAUGAAAUUAGGGUUUUUAGGAGGUUGGAGGGAGGUGAAAUGGAAGGCGGUGAUAUGUUUUGUGUUUCUGCGAAGCAACCCCUUUGGUUUACCCUGAAAAGAUUCCAAAAUGAGAGUGAUUUGAAGAGUGAGUUUGGGAAUGAGAAUGAAUUGUUACAGAGUAGCUGUGGUUUGACUAGUGUUGAUGAUUUAGAGAUCGAUUCCAUUGAUGUUUCUGACAUAGACCCAGUAAAAGAGUUUGGUUUUCUUGUAAUGGGCCAUGAGUUUGACCGCUACCCCAAGCAAAUGAUUCGGCAUGCCAAGACUUGGGAAUGGUUCCUUGAGCAACCUAAUGAAGACAGCGAGGAUGAAGUUUCCGACAGCAAAGGGAAUAAAGGUGUAAGGAGAAAAAGGAAAAAAUCUGAAGGCAAUGAUGAUGACGAGUGGAGAGGUGAGAGGGAAGAUGAUAAGGAAUUAAUUACAAAAGUAAGAAAGGUGCAGAGACCCAAGUACUCUACUAGAUCGAAGGACCAUGACAAACCCACUAAGGACACAAGAAAUAAUAUACAUUCUGUCCAAAAGCAAACUAUCGGUGCUGAUGAUGCAUCUCUUCAUCACACUACCUCCUAUCGAUUUCUCCGAUAGCGAAACCAAUCCUCCCAUGGCAGCAAUGCUGCUUGCAACAGCACCAACAUCACUGGCACCAAUGUAAAGACCCCGGCUCCCAGUAGCAACAAUGCUGUGUUUCUUCUCCUCUGUACUGGUCAUAACAGACGGAAAUACAUCCAUCAGCUGAGGGUUGGUCUGGCUAGAACUGAUGAGCAGACGCAGAGUUUCUCUUGCACCCUUUUCAACAACAGAAUCAGAUUCUC